AUGUUUUUGCAGUGUCCAGGACAUGGCCCCGCCGUUCGGGAUCAGCCAGAUCAAGCAAAGUGCUUGGGAGUUCACAUUCAGGCAUACUUUGGCUUCUUCCAAGGAUCCGUUAAUUUAGUAACUGAUCUCUACCUUGCCGUCUUCCCAACUUACAUCAUCUGGAACUUGAACAUGAAACUGAAGGCAAAACCCGGAUUAAUGGCUCUCAGUCUAGGAGUAUUGUGA